AGCUUGUUCUCUCCAGCCGUCCGCCAGCCUGGCUCAUCUACUGCCGCUUGCCGCUCUCCGCUGCUCUGGUUGGGGGUAGGAAAUGCGGAACGCCAGAGAGCUUCGUGGCUCUCUGUAGAGUUGGAGUCUGUGAGCUUGUCAGACUUUGAGAAGUUUUUUUUCCUGUUGGAAUCUGACAACAGUGCGUCGCCUGCCCUGGUAGCAGACCGCGGGAAAAUGUCGUUACUUCCUGUCUAAUGAAGUGUUGGCGCGACUUUGGUCUUGGAAAUAUCAACAAGGCACAGAGGAAAACUCAGGUUCUCGCUAAGAAGCAGAGCAGAUUGAAAGGAUGGAGACGUUUGAUGCCUCUGAUUCGGUGGACCCCGGGGCUGAUGAAGACUCUGUGGAUAUCUAUGAAGGCCUGGAUGCUGCUGGGGUUGGCAGCAACACUGAAAAGUGGCCUUCUGUUGGUUCUGGGCUGAAAGACUCGCUGGAUCUUUAUGAGGAUAUAGUGGCAGAGGAACAGAACAACAGGGAGACAUCAUACACCGAGUUAAAAUCCAGAUUUGAAGCAACCCAAAAUCAAAUCAAAGAGCUGCACAGAAGACUACAGCAGAUGGAAACACAGAAUACUGGCUUGAGCAGUGAGAACAAUCGUCUUAAGAAGAACAUCUCUGCACUUUUACGAACAGCAAGGCAAGAAAUCAUUCGGAAAGAUGCUGAGAUCAAGCAGCUGACUCAGCAGGUCCAAAGAUUUCAUCAUCAUCAUCAUCAUCAUCAUCAGCCUCAGCUAAAACAAGCCCAGGAUCCACGUUCAUCUUUUCGAGCCUCCUCCAGCUGUUCCUCAACAAGAACACUUCCACUACCUUCUUCUCUUCCUCUUGUUCCUCGUCCUCCUCUUGCUCCUCCUCCUCAUCAUCAUCCUCCUAAUUUUGCUCCUCUUAUUAGUUCCCAGUUUGAGGAGGAGCCUCCUCCAGCAGAUACUCCUCAACCUACCUCAAAGGAAACUUGUCAUUUCAGCAGAUCCAUGAAGUCCUCAACUCAUAAUUGCUCAAAAAGACAUGAAACAGCUGAAAAACUGCCUGGAGUAGACGGGUGCACUUCCAGAGAUAGAGAGGUCAAAGGUCAAAGUAAUAAACUGUCUGAAUCAGCAGAAAGGAAGCUUAGAGACUGUUCCCAUCAUAAUAAGGACUCAGAGCAAAAGCAAGCUCACAAAGAAGACAAAGACACUAGAAAAGGGUUUGACUCCCAGUCUCACAAAAAUAAGAAAUACCAAAAUGUUGGGAGACACUGCCGAUCAGACGGAGCUAAAACUUCUUCACAAGAACAUCUCCACUCUGUAGCUUCCUCUGAACACAGAAGAGAAGGCAGGGAAAUUCAGAGAACAGAUAAAGCCAGCUCUAUAGAGCAUGCUAAAGUUUCUGAUCAGCAGUCAGGAGGGAGCUGCAGCCCAGAGUCCAGAAAAAUCCCCAGAGGUCACAAAUAUGAUAGUUGGUCCAAUCCAAAGAACAAGAGAAGCUCCUCUCCAGAUCAGUCCACUAAGUGCUGUGGUGAUGGCAGUAGAGAACGGGAAAGGAGCAGACAGAGAGACCAUCAGAGAAGUGUGGACAGACGGUGUGAGGAUGAAAUCAGGAGCAGGCAUCACAGAAGAAGCAGUCAGAAAGAGAGCAGCAGAGACCGGGAGAAGCACAGAGAUAAACAGACUGGGAAGGCUGAUGGAUCCAAGGAAGGACGACGGGAAACGAAACCUAGAGAUGUGAAAAGAUCCUUUGAAGAACCCAGCCCAGAAGCAAAUACUUCUGUAAACGACAACAACUCAAACAGGAAGUUGUGUUUUAUGGAAACACUGAAUCUAACUCUUUCACCAAUCAAAAAGUACACGAGGCCCAGAGAUAGCAGCCUAGAGGAACCGCUAAGACUAGAGGGUGAUGAUGAGGAAAACUCCCAGCCUAACCUAGACAACAUGUGUGUCAUUGAUGAGGUAGAUGGAGGUGAGCUAGGAUCAAACCCUGAACCAGGACCAGGACACGCUGAAGAGCAAGCCUUGGAGGAGCUCAAAGCUCCAUGUAACCAGACGUCCAACUUGGAAGACGUAGAGGAAGAUGGCAACAAUGGAGCUGAAUCCCAAGGGAGACCCCUGGCUGUCCUCAUUAGCUCCCUCUGGAGGCCACCCCAGGGUCCAGCAGACACAACCAAACUCCACACAGCAGCAGGGGAAAACCUGAAACAUCCUGAGGAACCGCUGGAGCUGAUCUCCAACACCUGGAUAACUGAAAGAGGUCAGCUGGAGGUCACAAAGAGCUCCCAGCCCAGCAACACACCUCCACAAAUCCUGGAGCAACACAGCAACUCUGAAGCACCGACCUCUGAGGUUCAACAUGCUGCAACUGCUGAUGAACAUGCAGAUCCACAUGAACAUGCAGCUCAACAUGAACAUGCUGCAGCUGCCGAUGAACAUGCAGCUCAACAUGAACAUACUGCAGCUGCUGAUGAACAUGCUGCAGCUGAUUCAGGUGAAACUCCCGUUCCACCCAGACUCUCCCAGAGUACAGUCAGUGAAGCUGCAGCUUCAGCUCAGCCAGACGACACACACGGUACUGAAGAGGUAUAUGAGGAAGCCAGACUCAGAGAUGGGUGGGGUCACCAGGCUGCGUCCCCUGGUAUCAGCCAACCAUCCUCUACCAGUGUUACCAUGGACAACCAUCCUGUUGGCCAACCACAAAGCUCUAAAGAUUUGGAUUCAGUGUCCAGCACUAUCUGUCUGACCUCACUUCCUCAGAAGGGGCUGAGUCUGACCGAGGACAUUUGUGCGAUGACCCAGACAGACACAGACCCCAGGACCUCCAGCUCCCAGCCCAGCUCCUCUGUGGACUGCAUUGGGGUAUCCAAGGUCAGCAGUACCACAGAAGAGCUCAACCCCGCCACAGUUACCCCUAAGAAGUUUUGCAGCCAGGACUGUAAAAAAGAGCUGUCCAGUUCUGUGUCGCUGCCUCAUGAUGAAGACUCUAUGAUGCACACCCUGAGCAACCUGAAGAGGAUUCCUGAGGUCAUCAGCCCCCUGAGGAGCCCGGCACAGACGGCCAAGAGAGGUGUCCUCCAUGUCCACAGCAAGCUGGGACAUGUGAAGAGUCUUCAGAAAGAAUUUUCCACCUCUGCUGCUGAGACCAACUUGAUGAAGUUGGAUGUUAAUAAGGAGAACAAAUAUCCAGGUUCUCCUGCUAACCGAGGAGCACAGGACAUGGUGAACAUGGAGUCUGAGCAGAUUUCAAGCCCUUUUGACACCGAACUGGAAGAAGGGGAAAUUUUAAGCGAGAGUGAUGAGUCGACUUCUAGUUCUCCUGUUCCUGCCACCAAGAGGGCAAAGUUAAUGGAACCAGUCAGGAAUAAACCCAGCCUCCAGUCUUCUUCAAGAAGAAAACCUGAAGAACAGCGGGUUGCUUCUAAAGAACCUCUUGAUUCAGCUGCUGUCUCUACGCAAAGUCCCAGGAGUCGUUUUAAAACUGUUUGCCCAUCAGCAAGCAAAGCAUCUUUUUCGACUGUAGAGGAAAUAAUGGAAACAUUCAAGAUGGUUCGCACGGAGAUGCGGAAAAAAUACAUGAAGCUUCAUAAAACCUUUCCUAAAAAAAGCUUUUGGGGUGUGAUGGACAAUUUUCAGAAGUCUUUUUUAGAGUUUGUGGACGGUGCUCACUUUGGCCAGAUAUGCAGCGAUGCCGAGGAGCUGAAGUCCAAGCUGAGGAAACUAAUUACAUCUGUGUUUAGCAAAGUGCUUAAUAAUGGCAUAGUGAAACGCAUUUUUGAACAGCAAGCAGUCAAUCUAAAGCAAAAGUUGUGGGACUUCGUAGAUGUCCAAGUGGACUACUUGCUCAUGGACAUCCAGACAACACUGAAAAGCCUCUGCCAAGCUGUCCGGACUCCCACUGAAGACAAGAGGCCCAGUGGACAGGGGACCGAGACUCAGCAGGCUCCAGUGAAGAAGCCGCUGUGUAAACAGAACAAGUCCCACCCCCCUAACUCCAGCCUGGGCCGGACCAAGUCAUGUGCAGUAGUCCCUUACAGAACCGGACUAGGCAGCAGAGGUAAAGACAUCCGUAUGUCAUACACAGAAAAAGAUGGCGCCUCUCACAUACAUCCUCCAGGACGCGUAAACACACAAACUACGGUCAACUUCCUGUCCGACAGCAACGCUGCCUUGUCUCCAGACAAAACUAAGAUGGUAAUCCCUCAGAACGGCUCUGUGAUCGAUAGAACAGACUUUGAGCUGCUUACUGAGCAACAAGCAUCCAGUUUGACAUUCAAUUUGGUCAGAGACUCUCAGAUGGGAGAAAUAUUCAAGUGUCUUCUCCAAGGAUCAGACUUGUUAGAAAGCACAGGGAUGUGUGGAGACAACACUGCCUGGGCUGUUGGGACCCCAAGGAAGGAUGGAGAGAGAUUUCUCAACUUUGCCACACCAUCAAAGUUCCUCUCACCAUCCAAGUCCGAUACUUCAGCCAGACUCAUUGCUACCUGGUCCACCAUUUCACCCAGACGGAGGUCAUCCCCAUGCACCAAAACCCCCAUCCCUCUCCACCCAGCCUUGUUCGAUGAAAGUUGCCUCCUGGAGGUUCCGUCUGGAAACAGAGCGCUGCUGCAGGGCAGCUUGGCAACAGAGAAAUACUCCAUUCUAGCUGAAGAUCUGGCUGUCUCCCUGACGAUUCCAUCUCCUCUUAAAUCUGACAGCCACCUCAGCUUCCUCCAGCCAGCAGGCGUUGGGAUCCAUGUGGUGUCCACCCCAGACAGCGUUAUCAGCGCACACAUAAGUGAGGAUGCUCUGCUGGAUGGGGAAGACGCUACGGAGCAGGACAUCCACCUAGCCCUGGACAACUCCAGCUGCAGCUCCAGAGACAGCACCACUUCCCAAACGCCUGGCAGCACUCUGUUCUUCAAGCCUGACGUUCCUAUGCAGGCACUGGUGAUGGAGAAGUCCAAUGAUCACUUCAUCGUAAAGAUUCGACAGAUGAAUGUGGCUGCAGAAGGCACACUAAUUGCUGGAGAGCCGUUGAGGCAGACACUGAUAGAAAAGAAUCAGCAGCAUGAAGAAGAUGAUGCCCAGGAACGUCUGAAGGUCGCUGGUCAGACAGAGAACAGCACUGGAAACCCAACCUCUGGAUCACACACCCAUGAACAGAGAUGGACUCCUGGAACCAAUCCAUCCAACCCAAGACAAGACACUUCUACCCAGUCUGGGAAAACCACUCCUGAAACGGAUCCAUCAGAUCCCAGUUCAAACAUCAGUUCACCAACUUCCCACAGUACAUUAGUCCCAGAUCCCAGUAGGACACAGCUCCAAGUAGAGGCAACUCCACCCAAAUCAUUCCCAUUCCAGUCCCAGAAGCAAACCAGUCCCCCCAGUGCCACUUUAAGCCCAAACACUAAGACACUGUUCUAUGACUCAGGCAGAGAGGAGACCACCGUGUCCGAGUCAGAAAAGAGUCUCACCAUCGACACAAGCAGCUCAUCAGAGAAAACCUCCAGGGACUGUGAACAGCUCCGGAAACGGAAAAGACGACAGGAAAAGCUGAAAGCCAAAAGAUGUAAAAAGGAGGACAAGAGUCUGCAGGAGGUUUCUCCAUCCAGGAAGAGUGACGAGGAGUUGAAACUUUCCCCAGCAGCUCUGUCCCCAAGCAGCCUGUCUGCCAAGAACAUCAUCAGGAAGAAGGGCGAGGUGGUGAUGGCAUGGACCAGAGAUGAAGAUAGAGCCAUUCUGAUGUUCCUGAAGACCAAAGGAGCUUCACGGGAAACGUUCUCCACACUGUCUGAGAAACUAAACAAGCCGUCAGGCCAGAUUGCUCACAGGUUUUACCAGCUUAUGAAGCUUUUUAAGAAGCAGGGGAAGAUGGACACGUGAUUGUCCCAGUCUACAGACAGAGGGAGAUCUCACCCACCUCAAUACAAUUAAACUCUAAAUGCCUGUUAAAUGGAAAGUUCUGGAGAGUCCUGAAGAGUUGGUUCAACACCAAUGCUAUGCUCCGUGGACUUCAUUUUCAAACGACUGGAAGCAUAAUUGCUUCUUGUUGAGGGAUUUCUUCUGUGUUGAACUGAUUCAUGGCUAAUUAAAACAGAAAGCUAAAGGAUAUCUGAUUUUUUGAUUCACUGUCUGGAAAUGGUUUUACUUUUGUGUUCAUUUUUAACCAACUGAGACAGUUUUUUUGUUUUAAGCUCCUCUUACUGAAAAUCCAUGACAGUAUCUGCAUAUUCCCCUUUCAAUAGUAUCAAUUUGUACAGCAAUCAAAACCAUCUCAGGAGUAUGUCUUCCAACAGACAGCUGGAAAAUGUCCGUCUUCAGACAUUAGUUUCCAGCUCAGGAAAGUUCCAUGUUUUCCUGUUAGUGGAUCACCUCUGGAAACUUGGAAGGAUCACUCAGCAAUAACUCAUCUGCUGUCAAACAGAUGGAUUUGGUCAUUAUUGCAAACAAUCUUUGUAUGAUGCUGGUCAACUAGCAUUGGUGUUUCUAAUGAAAACGUUUACAUGUCCAAUCAAGGCAGCAGAGAAGUAUUAAACGACUCAGAUCAGCAGACUGUUCACACUGUUUCUGUGCCUUGAUGGCAUCUAGUUGAAAUCAUCUGAUUAUAUAAAUCAAAACAGAAUGCAUUAUUAUUCUUCAUGUUGUACAUAUCCUUUUCUGAAAGUAAAGUUUUAUUUAUUUA